GCCAGUGUCAGAGCUGACGUGAAGCAGCUCUAUUUGAGUUGGUCUCAUUAGUUUAGUGUUGCUUCCCUACUACUUACAUUAGGAGCCCUGUAAAAUAAGCAUGGCACAGGCUGGACUUCUCAUUUGGCUCUUCUUUACCAUACUUCUAUUGGAUCUGACAUGCACACAAUCUGCCAAAUUAAAGACACAGAAGGACCACAGAUCUAAGGAGAAAGAUGGUGAUCUGAAGACACAAAUUGACAAGCUGUGGCGAGAGAUUAAUUCUCUGAAGGAAAUGCAGGCAUUACAGACAGUCUGUCUGCGUGGUACCAAAAUUCAUAAAAAGUGUUACCUGUCAUUUGAAGAAACCAAGCACUUCCAUGAAGCUAAUGAGGACUGCAUAGCCAAAGGAGGAACCCUGGCAAUUCCUAGAGAUUCUGAGGAGAACAAUGCUCUCCGGGACUAUGGAAAGAAGAGCCUUCAUGGUUCUGGAGAGUUUUGGCUAGGUAUUAAUGAUAUGGUAAAUGAGGGAAAGUUUGUGGAUGUUAAUGGUGUUGCCAUAACCUAUUUCAAUUGGGAACGCAUACCUAAAGGGGGAAAGCGUAAAAAUUGUGCUCUCCUGAAUCAGGCUUCCCAAGGUAAAUGGGUUGACGAAGUGUGUCGUAGUUUAAAGAAAUAUAUCUGUGAGUUUAUUAUCCCUUGAAUGCCUUUAGAGCAGCAAUGAAUUACAAAUAAUGAAUAUCUGUCGAGAACAUAAUAAAUAUUUAGCCCAUAUUUACCAACAUGUAUACCCUGACUAGGUGAUACACAAGGAAACCAUCUACAUCUAUUUGUGUGCUAAAAGUCACAAAAAAUAAUGAAUCUUUUAAAAUGUUAAUGAGAAUAAAACUGACCAUGAUUACAGAAUAAAAUAUGUUAAUGCUAGUUUGAGUGUAACGAAACCCUGAAAAUGUUGUUUAACUGCAAUGCUGUACAAGCCAGAAAAAGUAUGACCAGUGCCUAUAUUGUACACAAAGGGAAAUGAUCUUUAAUUUAAGAACAGUUAAUUAAAAACUAUAUUUAUUUAAUUUAAAAUGUUCUAUCUCGAGUGGCCAAACUUUAGAUUUUAAAAGUAAAAUGUGUUUCUAUUUUUGUUAUUGUUUAAUACUAUAUAAAUAUAGGAAAUUAAGCAUUCUA